UUAAGCAAUAUAAUAAAAUUAUUCCAGAUGUUUUCAUUCGAUAUUUUUAUCGUUUAUAUAAACAAUCGAAUUAAUCAAUUCAAUAUCAACUCUUUCGAGAGAUAACGCUGCAGGAUACGAAAUAUGGCGGUAUCAGGGCAAAUCAAUUCAGUUCUCUUAGUGAAAUGCCACUCAAUUAACCAAGCUGGAAAUUCCGAAUCGUCAUCAAAUAAAACAAAAGAUCUGGAUAAAAACUCGAAAAGUUUUAAUGAAAAUUCAAAGAGUAAAACAGUGCAAGAAAGGAAAAGAAGCGAACAAGAAAUAGGAGAAAAUAAGAAAACUUUUAAUCAAUUAGUAGUUAAGAGUAAACGUAACAGUAAAGUUGCUUCUCUAACAGAUUGGAACGAACUAAAUACUCGUUUUGAAACAGCACGAAAAUUAUUUGAAGAAAAAUGGGAGAAUCCAUCUGAGCCGUCGGAACAAGUAGAAAAUUUUAAAGUAUUAAAAAUAUUGGGAACGGGUUCAUUCGGUAAAGUUGUAUUGGUUCAGCAUAAAACAACAGAAGAAUAUUAUGCUAUGAAAGUCUUGGAUAAACAAAAGAUAGUGAAAUUAAAACAAGUAGACCAUACUCUUAAUGAAAAGAGAAUUUUAGAUGCCAUAAAUUUUCCAUUCUUAGUCAAUCUCAAAUUUUAUUUCAAGGACAAUAUUAAUUUAUAUAUGAUUCAAGAUUUUAUUCAAGGAGGUGAAAUGUUUUCUCAUUUGAGGAGAUUGGGAAGAUUCAGUGAAAAUUUCGCAAGUUUCUACGCUUGUCAAGUCGUAAUGUCGUUCGAAUAUCUUCAUUCCUUGGAUAUUCUAUACAGAGAUUUAAAACCCGAAAAUAUUCUUAUUGACGAAAUUGGAUAUAUACGAAUAACGGAUUUCGGAUUUGCGAAACGAGUAAAAGGAAGAACAUGGACGUUAUGUGGAACCCCAGAAUAUUUAGCUCCUGAAAUAAUUUUAAGCAAGGGAUACAAUAAAGCAGUAGAUUGGUGGUCUUUGGGCGUUUUAAUAUACGAAAUGGUAGCGGGUUAUCCACCAUUUUUUGCAGAUCAACCGAUACAAAUUUAUGAAAAAAUUGUUUCGGGAAGAGUAAAAUUUCCAUCUCACUUUACAGACUCUUUGAAAGAUAUCUUGAAGAAUUUAUUGCAAAUAGAUUUAACCAAAAGAUACGGAAAUUUAAAAAAUGGAGUUAACGAUAUCAAAAAGCAUAUAUGGUUUUCAAAGUUAGACUGGGUUGCUAUUUAUGAAAAAAAGGUAAAAGCUCCGUUAAUUCCUAAAGUUACUUCUAAAGGAGAUAGUCGCCAUUUUGAUACAUACGCCGAACCGACAAAUAUUAUUAGGAAUACGGUCACGAAUAGAUGUGCGGAGGAAUUUGCAGAAUUUUAAAUGUAUUUUUAGUUAAGAAUUUCCAAAAUAUAAAUAUUGUACAGUGCCAUUAAAAUGAAUUCAUGAAAAUAAUUCAAGCUAUUAUCCAAAACGUCCGGAUUCAAUUUCCGGUUUUAUUUUACUAACCAACUUGCUCCUAUAAUAGCUGAAAUUCGAAAGGAGGAAAAAUUAUCGUAUAUUUUUCAAUUUUACUUUUUUUGUAUAUAAACAAUGUAAUAUUUUGAAUAAAAUAUUGUUAAAAAUUG